UUGUUUUUCUGCUCUAUUUUGCAUAUAUUUUAAAACUAAAAAAGAAGAAUACGCUAAGCCAGAAAAGAAAAACCGAUUUUCAAUUACAUAUAUUCUAAAUCUAUUCACUUUCCUUCAGUCUUGUUUGUUGCUUGUUUUGUUAGUUUCGGCUGUUCUGCUGUAAUGUAUCUUUGUUUUGAUGAGAUGAGAAAAAAGAAUCGAUUUUAAUUUUAUGCUUUAAAUCAGCCAACACAAAUUAUUUGCCAAUUUAAAAUAAAUUCGUGAAAACUUCUGUAUUUCUGAAGUGAUUUGAUGAACUUGUGAAGUUUUAUCCUUUUUUAAAAACUAACACAUUCUUCUUAAUUAGUAAAGAUUGCGUUUCGAUAUUUGCAACUCCUUUGUACAUAAAAACAUUGCACUCCACGGAGAAAUAGUUUUGUCUCACUUUUUACAUAUCAUAAACCUGUUUCCCCCAAACAAAAAGAACAAAACGAGUACAUCGAUUCAGCGACGAAUUAAUUCAUUUAACGCAGCUGUGGAAGAAAAUUAAUCUACUCUUUUACACUCGGGUUAUAUGCUUCAAGAUCUUAUUUUGAAAUUGAAAUCAAUCACAUAAAACAAUAAAAUCAAAACAAAUGAAAACGUUAUAUAAUUUAAAGGUUUGUGUCUGCAUACGCUUGUGUCUAUAUAGCUUUUUAAAAGAGGCUAGUUAUUAAUGUUUCUCUUGUUUGAAUUAUUUCUUUGGACAAUAAUGCAUAGAAUUGUAAACCUUCAAGCUGCCGAGAUACGAAAGAGAAAAGAAGUACAAAUAAAACAGAAACAAAACAGCGUUAACGAAGGGAGCUACUAAAUUUGCUCAAUCUUGUUUUUGUUGUGGGAGUUUCUUUAACAAAGAUUUUUAUAUCAGCUUAACUUUUCUUAAUGGAGAGCAUUUAUUUUGUUAACUAAACACAAUAAGAAAUGUCAAUAGAUCAAAUCAAUAGGUACAAAUCUACAAGACAAUGAAUUCAUAGUUUAAGAAAAGUGAGUUAUAAAAGAGUAUUAUUUGAAAACAAGGGUUCUUCUGGGUUCCCUUUGAACAGUGUCAUAAUUCAAAUAUUGAAACAUGAAAGCAGAUGUAAUAAUUAAAAAUAUAAAUAUUUAGUUUUAGUUAAAUUGGAAUAGACACAAAUAUAAGCAAAACCAAACGAAAAAUAUUGAUUAAUCCAUCAAUAUCUAUUUUGCAAAAUGUUGUUCGAGAAUCCAGCUAUAGCUGCAAAACUUCCGUUUCCGUACAAUGUGCCGCCACCAAUUCAGGCAGCAGCUGCUGUUCCCAAUUUAAGCAACCCGAUCGAAAAUUCGGGACUAAUUGAUCAACAUAAUCGGGAACUACACAGUGCAUUAGUGGCUACUAUAAAUAAUAGUGUUGCAGUAAAUGGAUCUAUCGCUCCAGGUGCAAUUACUAAUUCACAGUUACAAGCUAAGAAUUUGAGUUGUUUAUCAGUGCAGCAGACCCAAGUUAUACAGCAACAGAAUAAUCUUAAUGGAGUGAUAAAUAUAAACAGCUCUUCGAAAUCGACAUCGUCGGGUAGAUCAACACCAAACAACAAUGCCACAGAUCCAGCACCUGGAAAACUGUUUGUCGGUGGCCUCAGCUGGCAAACAUCUUCAGAAAAGUUAAAAGAAUACUUUAAUAUGUUUGGAACAGUCACAGAUGUUCUUAUUAUGAAGGAUCCUGUUACGCAGAGAAGUCGUGGAUUUGGUUUUAUAACAUUUCAAGAACCAAACAGCGUGGACAAAGUUCUUAAGGUGCCAAUUCAUACACUCGAUGGCAAAAAAAUUGAUCCCAAGCACGCAACUCCGAAAAAUCGGCCAAGGCAAGCCAACAAAACCAAGAAAAUAUUUGUCGGUGGUGUUUCACAAGAAACUUCAGCUGAAGAAGUUAAAGGAUAUUUCGGUCAAUUUGGCACUGUUGAAGAAACAGUGAUGUUAAUGGAUCAACAAACUAAACGUCAUCGAGGAUUUGGAUUUGUCACAUUCGAAAAUGAAGAUGUUGUUGACCGUGUCUGCGAAAUUCACUUUCAUACAAUAAAAAAUAAGAAAGUCGAAUGUAAGAAGGCUCAACCAAAAGAAGCAGUCACAUCGGCCCAACAAUUGUUGCAGAAACGUUUAAUGUUUAGUACAUUAGGUGUCCGAUUGCCAACUGCACCUGGGCAAUUAGUAGGAGGACCUGGGAAUCCUCCAUCUGUUACUGCAGUUAACUCAUUGGCUUUGCUACAAUCACAACAAGCUGCUCAGGCGCAUGCUGCACAAGCAGCUAUAAUGCAUAAUCAUUUUACGGUACAAAACACAGCUGCCAAUCCGGGCUAUGGAAAAUUGGUAGCAACAUACCCUCAAGCGGCACUUCACAGUAUUAGAUACGCUCCAUAUCCCAUUCCUGCUGGUGCUGCUGUAGCAGUUGCAGCUGCCCAACAACAUCAUCACCAUCAACAACAGAAUUCAUCCAGUCAACAUUCGACUGCUAAUCAAACAUCGAGUCAUGCGGCAGUAGCUGCCAGUACUGCCGCACACGCAGCAAACUCAGCAGCGCAUGUUGCUGCUGUGCAACAGGCAGCUCUUGUAGCAUCAAAUCCCAUAAAUGCUCAUGCAGCAGCAGCCGCAGCAGCUUCUGGAAAUCCAUAUCAAGCCUAUGCUUUAGCCAAUGUUGAUAUGUCAAGCUUUCAGGGCGUUGAUUGGGGAUCAGUGUAUGGUAUGGGAAUGUAUGUUUAGGAAUAGGGAACAUGUUGUUUAAAUUUAGUUUGUUGUAUGCUUAUAAUUUACAUUUUUAAUGUUUUGUUUUACUUGCCUGAAUUGAAAUUAAAAAUGACACAGAGCAGGAUAUUCUAUGAGACUUAAAAGAAUUUUAUAUAAACAAAAAUAAUUAAAAAUGACUAGAGAGGUGGGUGGUUCUGUGAGACUUAAAAGAAUUGUAUUUUAAAAAUAAUCAUCAUAUAAAUGCACAUCCACACAUUUCUUUAAUUGAGUAACAAAAAAAAGAAGUUUCAACUAAAUUAGUGUUUUGAUUGUUAGAAAAUAAUUAACAGCAAGCAAAACAAAAUAUCAAAACCACCGAUUCACUACGAAAGAAUUAAAAUUUAAUUUCGAAUAUGUUGAUAAAAGUGAAUACGAAAUUGUUUGCAUUUUCCUUAAAAUAUAAAUAAUAAUUAUCACUUUUAAAAGUACUUAAUUAAAAGUCAUAAACAACAUUCAAUAUUUACUGUAGAAACUAUAUCUUUCAGACUGACUGAUAAACAAUUGAUUUCAGGCUAAACCAUAGAUUAUAACACAAUAUAUACUAGAAUAAGAAUUUUAGUUUAUAUAUUUUGGUGUCGUGUUUUUGAAAGUUGUUAAGUGUUUAUACAAAUAUUUCUAUAACUAAACAAACUUAAGAAAUAGUAAGCAUAAAUUGAUUCGGCAGCAUGCAAAAAAUUAGUUUGGUUUUUAUUAUUUUUUUGUAACUUAUUUUAUUUCUAAUAAAAACCGAGUUUAAGAAAAAUUUAUAUUAUGAAAUGAAUUAAGGACAAUACAAACAUAAAUAAUACUAAACAUUUUACUUCCUUCACGUCUUAUUCUAUACAUUUUUUAUUUUAUACAUUUCCAUAACAGUAUUUCUUGAAUAUUUUGUAGUAUAUUUUUUAAUAACUUAUUUCAUUUGUACUUUAAAAUCUAUUCUAACCAAAACUAAAAAAAAGCAUUUUGGCUGAAAUAAUUCGUUUGCCUCCAUUGAUUAGUUUGUUAAAUGUGGGUUUAAAUUUAAUCUUAUAGUCAAUAUUUUUUGCUUGUUUAUAUUAUAUAAUAAUAUUAAUAUUGUACAUAAUUGCUAGGAAUAAAAUGUAUUUAAAAUUUUGCCGUUAUAGAACGCAUUCCUUAAAAUUUGUAUUGAAACAAAAAGAAUAUUUUUUUUUCAUGGACAAAAAUUUUAGAUGCAACGCAAAAUGUUUUUUAGAACUGCUUUAAAUCAUGACAAAUUGUAAUAAGUAAAAAUUGCUUCUUUAAAUUAUAUAAGUAAUUUAAUAUUUUUGUUGCAUCAUUCCAUGCAUUUAUCUUUAAUAAAUAAUGUUUUGUUUGAACUCAACAGAACUUAAAUAAUGAAUUACAAUGAUAUUUAGUAGGAACUUAAUAUUUUUUUCAUCAUUUUUGAGCGGCUGUUGUACUUAGAAAAUACAUUAAAAGAAAAUGUAUGAACCGAAAUGGUAUGUCUGGAAAAAAUUAAUGAGAUAAUAUUUCAUAAAAGUUUUCUUAACUAAAACACGUUUCUGUAAAAAAGUUUUUAUAAUUUCUCAUUUCAUUAAAAAUUUGAAGCGGGUAACUACUUGCACAUUUUGUGUAGUUACAUAUAUAACUCCCGGCACAGCCAAACUACGAAAUGGACCCGUGAUCACAAAUGUUCUUGUGAAAGAUUAGAACCAAUCUUAUAAAAGAUUUUAUAUUAGUACAUGUCAAAUCGGAAUUUUAGGUUAAACACUAUGAUAUAUGAUAGUGUGGAGAUGUCACAAGUUCGUCUUUUCUUUUGUUGAUAUUGUCCAGAAAACCCAUAAUAUAAACUUGUUAGAAAUCCUUAUGUUUGUAUAAGUAGAACUUUAACCAAAUUUAACAACUUUUUUUACCAAAGGUAUUGGCAAAAGGUAUACAUAUUUUACUAUUGCGAAUAUUUCCGCUGUUAAGUAUGGCAUUGGCAAAACUAAGAUAUUUAAUCGCUUUAUAACAUUUUCUGACAUGUUAAUUCAAAAUAUUAACUUUACGUAGAGGGUUGUCAGUUGGUUGAAUUUUGUUUAUUUAAAUAGUGCAUUUCUGCAGUUGGGCUCCUUUUCUCGACAAUUCUACUGCAUCUUGUCACGCAAUUCAUUUGUUUCGGAUUUGUUUAGACGAACAGUGACAUUAAUUUGAAAAGCAUAGCUAAGACAGCCGCUAAUUGAAUAAAAAAAACAUCUUAGGUUUUAUAUCAUCUUUUGUUUUUUAUUUCAUCUUUUAUACUUAAUUGAAAAUCAUUUUAUGUGAAAGUUUAUCUAAAGCACUUAAUUUAAAUUUAAUUUCUAUAAAUUAUCAUUAAUUUAACAUAAGUUUUGAAGUAGAUAAAUUAUAUUUUUAGAUCUUAUAUUUUGUUUUACAAUGAAAAAUUACGGUUCUAAAGUAUAUACCUACUUAAAUACCCAGACAAAUAUUAAAAAAAAAGUGAUUUUUGUACUGAAUGUUUAGAAUAGCAAGUUAUUAACGUUUGUCAAUAUUUUUAAAAUCACAAUACAAAACUUUUAACAUGUCAAAAUAUAAGAAAAAGAAGUUAUUGCACUCUCAAAAGUGGAAAGUGUUUUAAAGCUAAUCUUAAGAUGUAUGUAAUGUUAUUUUGAACCUAAUUUUACUAAAUAUUUCGAGCCGUUAAUUAAUUUAAUAACUUACUCAAAGAAAAAAAAAACCGUAUAUAAAUUUUAAAGUUAAAUGAAAUUGAUCUAAAAGUAUUAUUAGACAAUAAACAUCUUGUUGAUAUUGUUGGGACCCAAAAUUAACUGAAACGUUUUAUUUUUUUCUGUUCAAGAAUUAAUUUGAUUAUAUUUUGUAGCAUUUGAAUUAAUAUUUUGUAUCUUUUUCAAUAACAAAUUACUUCUAAACUGUAAUUACGAAAUAAAGAAACAAUUUUGCUGAAAAAUGUAUUUAUUAAUGACAUAAA